AGAGGAGAGCUGCUGCGUCACACUCAGGAAACGAAAGUUAACUUCAGAGUCAGAAACACUGCAGUCGAGACGAGUCUCUGCUUUUCUCUCAGACGAUUCAAAGUGACGUCUUCAGGUUUUUCUCAACAAUUCAACAGAGUCUCUUCCAAACACUGAUAUGGCUUCUGCAAACCUUCUGCUGUCUGAAGAUCAGUUCCUGUGCUCCGUCUGUCUGGAUGUGUUCACUGAUCCAGUCACAACACCAUGUGGACACAACUUCUGCAAAAAGUGCAUCAAUGAUUACUGGAAUACCAACAACCAGAACAUGUGUCCACUGUGUAAAAAGGUUUUCUUCUCAAGACCUGAGCUGCUCGUCAACACUUUGUUCUCUGAGAUGGUUUCUCAGUUCAGACAGUCGACUCAGCAGAAAGCCAGCAGCAGCAGCUCAGAGCAACAAGAGUCCAGACCAGGAGAAGUUCCCUGUGACGUCUGCACUGGAACCAAACUGAAGGCCCUGAAGUCCUGCCUGGUGUGUCUGGGCUCCUACUGUGAGACUCACCUGGAGCCUCACCUGACAGCUUCACGCCUGAAGAGACAUCAGCUGAUGGACCCUGUGGAGAACCUGGAAGACAGGAUGUGUCUGAAGCACGAUAAACCUCUGGAGCUGUUCUGUAGGACCGACCAGACGUGUGUCUGCAUGCUCUGCACUGUGUUGGACCACAAGAUGCACAAUGUUGUUCCUCUGAAACAAGAAUGUGAAGGAAAGAAGGUGGAGCUGCAGAAGACAGAGGCUGAAACUCAGGAGAUGAUCCAGAAGAGACGCCUGAAGAUUCAGGAGGUCCAACACAACGUGAAGCUCAGUGAGGAAGAUGCAGACCGAGAGAAAGCAGAAGGUGUUCAGGUCUUCACUGGUCUGAAGGAGUCUGUGGAGAGGAAACUGAACGAGCUCAUCACUACGAUAGAAGAGAAGCAGAGAAGCACCAAGAAACAGGCUGAAGACGCCAUCAGAGAGAUGGAACAGGAGAUCUCUGAUCUGAUGAAGAGGAGCACUGAGGUGGAGAAGCUCUCCCUCUCUGAAGACCACCUCCACCUCCUCCAGAGUGUCCAGUCCCUCAACAUCCACCAUCCACCACCCACCAAGGACUGGUCUCAGGUCAGUGUUCCUCCAGCAUCACAUGAGGGGACUGUGAGGAGAGCUGUGUCUCAGCUGGAGGAGACGCUCAGUAACAUGAUGAAGACGCUGGUUGAAGUGAAGAUGAAGAAGCUGGUUGAAGUUGAGAUGAAGACGCUGGUUCCUGAAACUGAGAUGAAGAGGGUCCAGAAGUUUGCAGUGGACGUGACUCUUGAUCCUGAAACAGCUCAUCAUUACCUCAUCCUGUCUGAUGACGGGAAAGAAGUGAAACGUGCUCAGGUACAGCAGCCACGUCUCCCUGACAAUCCACAGAGGUUCUCUCUCGGUCCCUGUGUUUUAGGAACACAGAAGUUCUCUUCAGAAAAACUUUAUUACGAGGUUCAAGUUAAACGAAAGUCCGAAUGGAUUUUAGGAGUGACCAGAGAGUCGGUCAACAGGAAGGGACUCAUCACACCGAGUCCUCAGAACGGUUACUGGACUAUAUGGUUGAUAAAUGUUAACGAGUACGGAGCUUUUGAUGAUCCUCCAGUUCUUCUCUCCCUGAGGUCUGGGCCUCAGAAGGUGGGGGUGUUUGUGGACUAUGAGGAGGGUCUGGUCUCCUUCUAUGACGUAGAAGCUGCAGCUCUCAUCUACUCCUUUACUGGCUGCUCCUUCAAGGAGAAACUCCUCCCAUUCUUCGAUCCUGGUCGUUAUCAUGAUGGUAUAAACUCUGCUCCUCUGAUCAUCUCUCCUGUUGGAGUAAACUAAUCACUUCUCUCACGUCCUUCAAGGGAAAAUAUUUAAACUCAACCCUGUGUGGUCUCCACCUCAUCUUCUCCACCUCAUCUCCUCCACCUCAUCUCCUCCUCCUCGUCUUCUCCACCUCAUCUUCUCCACCUCAUCUCCUCCUCCUCAUCUCCUCCACCUCAUCUCCUCCUCGUCUUCUAACUGUAGGGAUGCACAGAUACUCGUACACAUGCAGCCUCGUUUCCUCGAGGUCUUCUCCAUCAACUUUUCUCUGAGGUUGUCGGCUGUCUGUCUGGAAUGAUCUGUCAGGGUUUCCAGCAGAAACUAAAUAGAAAUACAACAAAAAUAUCUUCAUUCUUUUGUAUUUGUUUUUCUAUGUGAUGGGCAACUGCAGACAACAUAUUCAUUCAGAGUCCUCAGGAUUCAUUUAGGAGUAAUACAUAUUACAUGUUUAUAGUGUCUCCAGAAUAAAGUUUGUCUCCUUGUGAUACUGAACAUAACAAGUUAAACAAAGGAGAAAAGAUGUCAACGGAGUUUAAAACUUCAUUUAAAAAGGGGUUUAAUUGAUGACUCGUCACUUUGGACUUUUUAUUUUGUUUGUGAAAACUGGUGAGAUGACUCAAGAGUCCAAGACAUCUGUAAAUAUAGGAUUGUUGAGUUAAAACUGCAAAAUAAAGUUGUUGUUAUCGCAAAGCAUUGUGGGAUUCCAGGCAAUGCAGAAACUUGAAUUGUUGAAUGUCUUUACCUGAUUCUUA